CCCUCCUCUCACUCGUCAUUUUGACACACAGCACGGAGGAGCAGAUUCGGCAGUCGGAACCGCAACUUUUUCGGUCGCUCCAAAAAAAAAAAAAAAAAAAAAGUUUGGUGCACUGUGCUGAAAAGAAAGUUCCUGCGCUUCUUUGAAUCACACUGCAACUUGUGUGUUGGAGGACUUGACUUUUGUGAUUCAUUUUCAUUUAAUCCCGACACCUGUUGUUCGGCGGCCACCGGUUCUGUCUUUGCAUCGGACUUUGGAGGACUUUCCCAACCUUCCCUCGGCGGACAACCGUUUUGACCGCUCCCCCCUGCACGUGAAAUGGACUUUGCGUGACGCGAAAAAAAAAAAAAAGAAGUGGACUUAAGGUGACAGCUGUCAUAAUAGAAAGGCGAAAAGAACUGGGUUUCUUUCUCGCACUUUCAGCAGUUUUUCCUUUUCGUUUCCACUUUGGACAAACUUCUUGGAGCAACGAAAGGAUUCAAGCGGAUAAGCGGCGCACUUCUCCGCGAAAGCGGCCGGCGAACCAUGGACCGCGGCGAGCCGGUGCGGAGACGGCAGGGCGGCGGGGUGCGCCACUUGUUCCUGCUGCUGGUCGCGCUCCUCGUCGGAUCCUCGCAGUUGUCGGUGGUGGACGCCAACUCGUGGUGGUCAAUGGCGCUGACCCCCAUCCAGAGGCCGGACAUGUACAUCAUCGGAGCUCAGCCUCUCUGCAGUCAGCUGUCUGGACUCUCCCAGGGCCAGAGGAAAUUGUGCCAGCUGUACCAGGACCACAUGAUGUACAUCGGAGACGGAGCCAAGACCGGCAUCAAGGAGUGCCAGUACCAGUUCAGGCACAGGAGGUGGAACUGCAGCACGGUGGACAACACGUCCGUUUUCGGGCGCGUCAUGCAAAUCGGCUCCAGGGAAACGGCCUUCACCUACGCCAUCAGCGCCGCCGGCGUGGUCAACGCCGUCAGCCGGGCGUGCCGCGAGGGCGAGCUGUCCACGUGCGGCUGCAGCCGGGCGGGGCGGCCCCAGGACCUGCCCCGCGACUGGCUGUGGGGCGGCUGCGGCGACAACGUGCACUACGGCUACCGCUUCGCCCGCGAGUUCGUGGACGCCCGGGAGCGCGAGAAGAACUUCCCCCGCGGCUCGGCCGAGCACUCGCGCAUGCUGAUGAACCUGCAGAACAACGAGGCGGGACGACAGGCGGUGUACAACCUCGCCAACGUGGCCUGCAAGUGCCACGGCGUGUCGGGUUCGUGCAGCCUCAAGACGUGUUGGCUCCAGCUGGCCGACUUCCGGCGCGUGGGCGAGUUCCUCAAGGAGAAGUACGACAGCGCCGCGGCCAUGCGCAACGGACGCAAGGGCAAGCUGGAGCAAGUGGACAAGCGCUUCAAUCCCCCCACCCUGGAGGACCUGGUCUACAUCGACCCCAGCCCGGACUACUGCCUCCACAACGAGACCACGGGCUCGUUGGGCACCCACGGCCGCCUGUGCAACAAGACGUCGGAGGGCAUGGACGGCUGCGAGCUCAUGUGCUGCGGCCGCGGCUACGACCAGUUCAAGAUGUACAAGCGCGAGCGCUGCAACUGCAAGUUCCACUGGUGCUGCUACGUCAAGUGCAAGCACUGCACCACGCUGGUCGACCAGUUCGUCUGUAAAUAACAACCGCGGGAGAGGAAAAAGCCGUUCAGGGUUUGGUU